UCAGUUGCGCGUGAUUCAUGAAAACACAGACAAGUAUGUGAACCUGGAAGCUGUUUUCCACCUUUGGAGCUUCAAAGCGUCAGAUUCUGUACCGUUGAUUUCGGAAUUUAAUCAGAUGUUUGGGAGUAAGAAACACAAUUUGGGAGUCCAACCGCGAAAGGCGGCCGCCUGAGGGCGGCGGAUCCGACGCCCCACCAAUCACAGCGCAGCCCCGGCUUAUAUAAGCCGUAGCCCGAGCCUGGCAGUACUGCGAACUCGCUCUUUGGAUUUUGGGUCUCUUUCUCUGGUAGCUCCUCCCAUCGCCAUGUCGGAAACCGCUCCUGCUGAGACGGCCGCCCCGGCGCCUGUAGAGAAGGCGCCAACAAAGAAGAAGGCGACCAAGAAGGCAGCGGGCGGGGCCGCCAAGCGUAAGGCUUCGGGCCCCCCGGUGUCCGAGCUCAUCACCAAGGCGGUGGCCGCCUCCAAGGAGCGCAGCGGCGUGUCGCUGGCCGCGCUCAAGAAGGCGCUGGCUGCCGCCGGCUACGACGUGGACAAGAACAACAGCCGCAUCAAGCUGGGUCUCAAGACCCUGGUGAGCAAGGGCACCCUGGUGCAGACUAAGGGCACCGGCGCUUCGGGCUCCUUCAAGCUCAACAAGAAGGCGGCCUCCGGCGAGACGAAGCCGAAACCCAAGAGGGCUGGCGCCGCCAAACCCAGGAAGCCCGCAGGGUCCACUCCCAAAAAGCCCAAGAAGGCCGCGGGGACAAAGAAAGCCGUGAAGAAGACCCCCAAGAAAGUAAAGAAGCCUGCUACCGCCGGUGUCAAAAAGGUGGCCAAGAGCCCCAAGAAGGCCAAGGCUGCUGCGAAGCCUAAGAAGGCCGCCAAGAGCCCAGCCAAGCCCAAGGCGGUUAAGCCUAAAGCGGCCAAACCCAAAGCCGCCAAGCCCAAAUCGGCAAAGCCCAAGGCCACCAAGGCCAAGAAGGCAGCUCCGAAAAAGAAGUAGGAAGCUGGUCUUUAAAAAGGCGACAAAACCCAAAGGCUCUUUUCAGAGCCACCCAGAGAUCUCUGGAAACAGCUGUGCACUACAGACACCUACAGCAGACCUGGGGGUGUUGACUUGACCAUUCACCAAGCAACCCACUACGAUUGUAGUUGUUUCGCUUUUAGGUAUCCUUGGUACUUAGACUGAAAGUGACAAGUAACCCAGUGUGACCACAGGGCUAAAGCCAUAGAUGGGUUAUUGCCAGCCCCUUCUGUAAAAACUAUCCGAAGAUCUCAUCUGUACUAAUAUUUUUUUAACUUUGAACACGUGCUUAUUUACAAAGGAACAUUUAAAAACCCCGCGCUACAUUCUGAUUUGUCAGUUUUCAGUUGAUGGGUAGG